AUGGCGGCGACCAUGGAGGGGGCAACAAUUUUUGCUGAAGCCUUGAAAAAGCAGGGCAUUGAGUACAUGUUUGGUAUUGUUGGAAUACCAGUCAUCGAACUCGCCAUAGCCGCCCAAGCAGCUGGGGUGAAAUACAUCGGCAUGAGAAAUGAGCAAGCGGCAUCAUAUGCUGCGUCAGCUGUUGGAUUUCUGACAGGGCGGCCAGCUGUAUGUCUGUGUGUCUCUGGUCCUGGGGUCGUACAUGCAUUCGCGGGUAUGGCAAAUGCGGCAGAAAACUGUUGGCCCAUGCUGGUGGUAGGAGGAAGCAGUGAUCAGGAUCUGGAAGGUUUGGGAGCUUUUCAGGAAUAUCCACAGGUUGAAAGUGCAAGAUUAUUCAGUAAAUAUUCAGCACGACCAAGUUCCAUUGACAGAAUACCAUUUUAUGUUGAAAAGGCAGUCCGACACAGUAUUUAUGGGAGACCAGGGCCAACCUAUCUGGAUCUACCGGGCAAUAUGAUUGUUGGAAAGGCUGAUGAGUCAAGUAUUGUGUGUGUGCCCCGAUGCCCUGACCCACCACAGUGCCAGGCUUGUCCACGUGCCAUCAAAGAAACCGUUGAACUUCUCAUGAAUGCCCAGAGACCGCUAGUCAUUGUUGGAAAAGGUGCUGCUUAUGCUAGGGCUGAGGCAGUUGUGGGUGAUUUUCUGACGUCAACCGGCUUACCGUUCCUGCCGACGCCAAUGGGCAAAGGUGUAAUGCCCGAUGAGAGUGACCUCUGUGUGGGACCAGCUCGAUCCAGGGCUCUACAGCAGGCAGAUGUCAUUCUUUUGGUUGGUGCUAGAUUGAACUGGAUGCUUCAUUUCGGGCAACCUCCUCGCUUUGCUAACAAUGUGAAAGUUAUACAGAUUGACAUCCAUCCUGAAGAAUUUGGGACCAGCCUGCCAUCCUGUGUGUCACUUCAUGGUCAGAUUCAUAGUGUUAUGCAACAAUUACAAGAUGAACUGAAUCGACUUCCCGGGAGUUGGAGGGCCAAUCAGAAUGGUCCGUGGUGGUCCAGCCUCAGACAGAAGAUAAAACAGAACAAAGAAGUUACUAAGGGUCUAAUCAAGAUGGAGACAAAGUUAAUGACGUAUUACCAUGUCUUUGAUGAGAUACAGCAAUCCCUGCCUGCCAACUGCAUGAUCGUCAAUGAAGGUGCAAAUACCAUGGACAUUGGACGCACAAUGUUGCCAAACAAUCUUCCCCGCCAUCGAUUGGAUGCCGGAACAUUUGGUACGAUGGGUGUCGGCCUUGGUUUUGCCAUAGCUGCUGCCCUGUGGUGUCGAGAUUAUGCACCUGAGAAGCGGGUCGUCUGCAUUCAAGGAGACAGUGCAUUUGGAUUUUCGGGAAUGGAGCUUGAGACAGUUAUGAGAUACAAGUUACCUAUUCUAUUCAUUGUUGUGAACAACAACGGUAUUUAUGGUGGCCCUGAUGCAGAAACAUAUGACAUGCUUACAGAAGACAGCGACCCCACUCUUUCGAUUCCACCAAUGUUCCUUGCACCCAACACAAAGUACGAGAAAAUGAUGGAAGCGUUUGGUGGCCACGGUUAUUUUGUCCGGUCGAGGCAGGAGCUCAGGAAAUCGCUGGAUGAGGCCUUGAAGAACGAGACAGGGUCUUCCCUCAUUAACGUGAUGAUUGACCCCGCUUCUCAGAGGAAGUCACAGGAACAUGAUUGGCUAACGCGGAGCUCCAAACUGUAGUGAUCAACUGUUUAUGUGGAGAGCAAAGGAAUUAUAUUUUGCUCAUUUAUCUGUGAUAGUUAGUAUGUAAUUCAUCAUUACCGGUAAAAAUAAAGUGCAUUCACACUUCAUGUAGAAAAUAUUGUAAACCAAUCAAAGGCAAGAUUACUGUUGAUUUUGGUCCAAAUUAUACAUGUUAUAUAUGUGAAUUUGCCAAAAAUGUUUAGUUUUUUUGUUGUCAUUUUUGUAAAAUGUUUGCAUGUAAGUUGGAAUAAAGAUAAGCUGUGAUCAUAACGGUCGUCAGCACCAUGUU